CAAUAGAAAUUGUCACUUGUUUUCUUAUGAUGAGGAUUGCCCCCUGCGUGGGUGGGAUGGGUAGAUGGAAAAUUUUGGAAUGCUUCAACUCUACGCAAUCGCACAAAUGCGUCGAUUAUAGGCCUUUGAUAAUUUUAUUGUGGUUUUUCAAGGGAAGGCUCUCUUGAGGAAUUUUUAUCAGUAACUCAACCCACUUGGUUUUUUUUUUGUCAUUUUUAUACAAUCAAUUGGAGAGAUCGUUAACUGCACUCGUGCGUGGAGAAUGAUGGGGAGUAUCUUACCAUUCUGCUGGAGUCACAGUCAGUUCUGGACAAGUUCUCAGCAAGGCAGCAUCUCUGCUCGUGACAAUGGCUGAAAAGACAUCGCAAAAACGUACCGAGAGUGAAUCCAAUUUUACUGGGAUUUUCGAUGAAUUGGGCGAAUUUGGACGCUUUCAAAUCUUCACCUACAUCCUUCUCUUCCUUCCUGUCUUCAUCACAAACAUGUACACUCUCAAUUUCAUCUUUACUGCGGCGGAAUUGGAUUACAGAUGCCUCAUUGGGGAGUGUGAAGGUCCCGAUGCCCCAUACAAUUCCAACGCCACUUUCCUGGACUAUGCUCUGCCUCCUGGCCAGGAAAGCUGCAGACGCUUCCAGUACAUCAAUUCAACUGAAGAGGAAUGCACAGCUAUCAACUUUGACCACAGCAAGGAGAUUGAGUGCAGUGACUUCGUAUAUGCAGGUCCAGAAAAGACCAUUGUGAGUGAAUGGGAUCUCACCUGCACAGCCAAUGAAUGGAAAGUUUCCCUGGUUGGAACUAUGAAUAAUGUUGGACAAUUUAUUGCACUUCCAAUCACGGGAUUCUUCUCAGAUCGAUAUGGGAGGAAGACAGCUCUCAUUGUUGGCACCAUGAUUAGUGGAGUAUUUGGGAUGAUUAAAUCCUUCUCAGUGAAUUAUCCCAUGUUUCUUACCUUGGAACUUUUGGAGUCAGCACUGGGAUCAGGAGCAUACAGUGCGUGCUUCGUAUUCGGAAUGGAAGCUGUGGGGGCGUCUAAAAGACUCCUGGGAGGAGUUCUGAUAACCAGUACCUACGCACUGGGUCAGUCAUUCUACGGACUCAUUGCCAUGUGGACCAAGGACUGGAGGAACAUGAUAAGAUGGGCUUAUGCUCCAGCAUUUCUCCUCGUCUUCUACUUCUGGCUCAUGCCCGAGAGUCUUCGGUGGCUUCUGGCUUCCGGAAGACUUCACAAAGCUAGACGGCUCAUCAAGAAGAUAGCCAAAGUCAACCGUGUGACCCUCUCUGAGGACUCUAUGAAAAUCCUUGAUGAAAAAGUCGCAGGAUCAGAUCGUCUUCCAGCUGAAAUGUCUUCUGAAGCCUCUCCUAAAAAUCCCUAUCCUUUGAAGACUGUCCUACAUUCACCGAUCCUUCUCUGUCGGCUGGCCACGUGUUCGUUUGUCUGGAUGACCAAUGCCUUCGUCUACUACGGACUAGUGCUCAACUCUGUAGCAAUUGGUGGUGACAAGUACAUCAAUUUCAUCCUUAUCUGUUUAAUUGAACUGCCUGCUUUUGUAAUAUGCUACCUAAUUGUGGAUCGGGCUGGUCGGAGGAUCACUCUCAGUGUAUCCCUUUUGAUUGCUGGCCUCUCCUGCCUGUGCCAACUGUUCUUGCCAACAGAAGGAUCUGAAGCAAUAAAAUUGGUCCUCUUCCUCACUGGGAAGUUCUCCAUCACUGUUUCCUUCACUACACUCUAUCUCUUCACAAAUGAACUCUUCCCCACGGAAUUAAGGCACAGCCUUAUGGCAACCUGCUCAAUGAUGGGAAGACUUGGAGGAAUUGUAGCUCCUCAAACUCCCCUACUGGGAAAAUACGUGGAAUUCUUGCCUAUGACAUUGUUCUUCAGCACAGCCUUCAUCUCAUCCUUGAUCAUUCUCCAGUAUCCGGAAACUCUCAAUACAACGCUUCCGGAUACUGUGCAAGAAGCUGAAAAAAUUGGCGACAACUCAAGGGGAUUAUUUGGCGUAUGCUGGAGCAAAAUUACAGGAAAAGAACAAAGAUGAAAUGCUAAGUUCUUUCCUGAUCUAUAUUUAUCUCACAGAUAAUUUGUACAAAUUUUUAAAUAAAUGGACAAGACAAUAAUCCUUGUGCCUCCAGUGCUACUCCUUUUGUGAGUAAUGCACUUAAAAAUUAUAGCUUUUCUUAUAGAGAAUGUUACAUAGUAGCUUUGUAGUAUAUACAAUAAUAAAGUUGUUAUAUUUUAGUGAAA